CAUUCGGCUUGGGAGGAGUGUCAUAAUGGAAGGUCACCAUCUUCUAGAUGAACAAACUGCUGAAGAUACCACUCAUACUAGACAGUUAGAAAGUUCCCUAGGCCCACGGUAUGGAACUGUGUUAACAGGGACGAGGAGUAAUCAGUCAGGUGUUAACGGCAAUUCGCGCAAGAGGUUUAGGUUAAGCUUGCUUAUUGUAAUGAGCUUUGAUGCAACCUUGUUAGCUUUUCUCUCCAUCUUGUCUUACUUAACAUUAGAAUCAGGUUCUCCGUUUCAAACUUACUUCACCAAUUUUGAUAUAAAGACGUCUGUGUUUGAUAUUGUGGUAAUUGCUAUAAUUCGCUUUGUUAUUUUGUUUCUUUUUUAUUUGGUGCUUGGCUGGGUUACAAGAAUAGUUUUUGUCAUCACCAUUGUUGUAUCAACGUUUUAUGUCCCUGUGAAAGCAUACUUUUUUUGGACUUACUUAAAUGCUAAAGAUAAUACUGAUAUACACUACAUUAUUGUUCUAAUUUUUCUGUUUGCUGCAUUCGUAAUGCCAUGGCUUAUCACAUUCUUUUUUGAAUUUAAAUUUCUACCAGCAGAAUUGUCAAGAUUAUCUACUACUAGCUGGAAAAAUUGCAAAGUGUGGUUUUGCCCAUGGAUGUUAGUCAAGCGUCCAUCAGAACAUUCUGCCAGACCAGCUCAUAGAUCAAGAACUGCUAUUCCUAAUGUACAACCACUAGCACGGUACAGCUCAAUGGACACAGUGUUUAGAACACCACUGGGAUCCAUAAGAGGUUCACCUGCUCCACUUGAAAAUGAAGAUAUAGUAAUUAUUCGGGAAGAUAGAACAUAUUCCCCUGUGUUAACUCCACUGCCAGAGUGUGAUCAGUUUUCGAAUGAAAAUGAGGGGCAUAAGUUACAUGCAAUGAAUGCCGUAGAAAAACUUGAGCAAAUGACUAGAUCCAAUAAUGGAUGGAUAUUAGAAAAAGAAGAAAAUGGAAUUAGAUGUUUCAGUUAUCGCUCUGAAAGCAACUCCAGGAAAAUAUGGAAAAGCGAAGUUGUCAUCAAUAUUGCAGUAGAAACUCUAUGGCGAGUGCUAUAUCAUGAGACUCAUAGAACUACUGAAUGGAAUACUAAUGUUGAUAUAAAUAAGGUGUUACAUCACAUUGAUCGUACUACAGACAUUGUAUACACAGCUACUAAAUCUGUUUCUUUAGUAACAGCGAGAGAUUUUGUAACUGUUCGUAAAGCAUCUGUUAGGAGAGGAUGUUACUACUGUGCAAGUGUGUCUGUGGUAUUUAAUGAGAAGCCACCCGUUCCUGACAAAAUAAGAGGUGAAAAUGGUCCUGGUGGUUAUGUUUUGAUCCCUUUGGACUCUUCGAAGACCUUGUUUAAGUGGGUAAUAGAUUCUGACUUAAAGGGAUGGAUUCCUCAAAGUAUCAUUGACCAGAACUUCACCAGCACUCUAACCUCUGCUAACAACAAUCUUAGAUUACUAAUAACUUCACACAACUAACAUGCACACUACAUGUACAUGUCUAUGUUGCUAAUUAUAUUUUAUUUAUAAUUGUGGAUAAACACAUUAUUAA